AUGUGGAAGGCGGCCGACUUCGUAGAGGAAGAUAUGGUGUACGCGUGCGUCGACGUGCUUGUGAUGGAGGCAAUGCGCCACCUGAAAACCAUAGAGGCCAAGAGCACGCUCAAGUCCUACACCUCAUGGAUAUACGACUACAAAAGGUGGGCGGCGAAGAUGCUUAAAAAAAUAGGCGACAAACUGCCGACAGCAGAACAAACGAGGCACGUCGACGAGAUAGGGCACUGGACACACAACAACAAGAGCAAGGAUUGGGACAACGAGAAGGUGGUCAAGCGGAAGCACAUAUGGCUGCACGGCCCCAGGGUCACUAGUACGCGGCUGCGCGCCUACAUCAAGUACAUGAGGCGGGAGUACAAGAUCGACGUCGAAACGAACGCGCCAGUGCAAGCCUACUCGGUGCACAUGAUCCUCGGCCGCAUCAAGGCCUGCCAAAUGGCGGCGAGGGUGGAGGCGACACUCUACAAGGAGAAGGAGUUGGGCAUCAUGCGGGAAAUCUCGGUGGUCUGGUCGGAGGUGCUCAUGCUGCUCUCCCACCACAGCCUCAUGCGCGGUGCAAGCAUCCGCGAGAUAACGCUCCCCGACAUCUUCCUGUACCGACUGGCGAGCACCUCGUCGGUGAACCCGGAUAACCAGCCGGUCGUCAUGGUGGUCGCCGCGCGGAACUCGAAGACGUCGAAGGAUGCGCGUCUUCAACAGAGCUACGCGGUGCGGCACCUCGAAGCGGAGUUGUGCGCCGUCGGCGAGACCGGGCUGUGGUUACACUUCGUCCUCGACCAGAUCGGCCAGUUUCACGGCGUCGACCUCAUUCCGCCGGUCGACACCAGCACACGCGAGCUCUGGUACAAGAAGCACCUGUUCUUCGCCCGCAACGACCCCAAGCAGGGCGAACUCUCAGCUCCCAGCCACCAGCGAUGGACGAGGCAGAUGUGGAAGACGAACGGGGUGUUUUGCAGGCGGAACGUCCAUGCCGCUCGGGCAGGCGGGGCGCAGGAGUUGGCCAUCCACGCCAUUCCCGUCGGCGUGGUGAUGAAGAAGGCCGGCUAUUCGGGAUUCACGCAGGACUACUUCUUGGGUCGCAGCAGGGUGGAACCGGGAGACGAACUCCUCGCUCUCAUCGCCGAGCACAUCUUCCCCGGCGUCGACGACCUCCUCAAGAAGGAGAUAUCGGUCCGCCAUGACGCCCAGUACGCGGUCGUCUCCCUCACGGAGACGCUUAAGCUCGAGAGGGAGCGGUCAACGGUCCAUAAGCUCGACCUCGAGGAGAAGAUCGAGAAUCGCGACGCAACCAUCGCGUCGCUCGCGGCCGAGAUAACCUGCCUCACCGAGGCUCUCCGCGUUUCAGAAGCUCGAAGGAUGCCGGAGGCGCCGCCAGCUGCGAACGACCAGUCGCCGAGCGACGGUGGCUCCGCGGAGUCGGCAAGCAGGGGUGAAGGAGCCAACAAACCCAAUAAACCCCCACAGACGGUCGAGGAGGCUAGCUACAAGCUGAACGUAGUGCAGCCUUGGCGGACUGCAACGACCAUCAAGGACGCGUGGCGCCUCUGGACCUCGUGCACCAGCGCCAACACACGUCGUCUGUGCAACAGGUUCAGGGAGCCAGGAUUCGUCGACCACCACACCCUCCUCGACGGAGCCUCGCAGGGAGCACACGGGAAGAGGGUGCGCCGCAUGAUGAAGGUCAUCGAUGCGGUGCGCCAGCUUCGCAGGAGCGACGGCGAAGUCGACACGGAAGCCACCGUCGACGCGCUUAACAAGAUAGCGGCGCCUGGCAUUGGGACCUUCGAGGAUGCCCUCAUGGUGCUCAACGCGGACGCCGUAGCGACCUAUGCCGGGCAGGGUAAGGGCGUCAAAGAGCUUGGCAAGAAGGAAGUUUCCAAGCUUCGUGUCGCCUGUGCGUUCGUGGCGCGAGGGUUCAAGCCCGAAACGUGGGUCGCCGACCUGUUCCCGGACACCUGGGUUGAGCAGAUGAAGAAGAUCUGCCUGCCUUAG